CGUACCUCAGCCAAUCUUUUGUGGUGUCAGAACGACCAUGCAUUCUAAGCUAGCUCCCUAGGGAAGUCAGCUCUUUGCUCAAAACAAAAACUUAAGUAAGCCGAUUAAGUACCCUAAACAUAGGCAACUUAAUACCCGAUUAUUGAGGAGUCGGGGAGCCCGGAACACUCUAGGUGUCUUCGACAAUUCUUGCUUGUCGGAACUGAGGAAGAACAAAAAAUGCCGGAUGAUACACAAAGUGUAAAGCUUCCUCCAAUCGGAGCGACUUUCCGAGGUCCAGGACCGGGACGAUACCAGCUACCAACGACAUGUUCCUAUGUAUCUCACGAUGUCAGUAAACGUAGAAAGCCAGCUUACAGCUUCGGGAUCAAGCAUAACCAUGCGUUAACAAACGACUGCAGCCCUGGUCCAAGUUAUCUUCAAUCUGAAGGGGUUACGAGGAACGGAAAAGAAGGCAGUCCAAAGUAUUCUUUGGGUGGGACGGAUAGAUUCGCUAAAAGAACCAUUCUACGCCCUCCUGGUCCAGGAAAUUACUCGCCAGAGAAGCAUAGCAUCCCACAUGAACGGAAAGCUCCAAGCUACUCUUUCGGGUCGCGUACGAAAAACGACCAAUCCAGCAUCACACCCGCACCAAACUCCUACUCCUUGCCUCCUCUAUCGGGGCCGAAGGUCGUCGGGAAAGCCUCGGCUGCUGCGUAUUCUUUGACAGGAAGAUCGAAUAUCGGUGCAUUCAGUGAAGACUUAAAGAAGACUCCCGGUCCUGGCACGUACAAGAUCACAUCGCCUAACAAAUUCAAGGGUCGCGCACCCGCUUACUCGAUGAAUGGACGAAACUUCAUGCCCGGAGAUCCAACCCAAAAACCAGGCCCUGGUCAAUAUAGUCCGGAAAAGGUGGUAGUAGACAAGAAGAUAGCACCGAAGAUCUCUUUUGGUGUUCGUCAUUCAGAAUACACCCUACCACUCGUCACAGAAGCUCAAGAAGUCGACUAAAUUUUUAUCUUACAUAUUUUGAAGCCGGCAAUUUGGUCAUCCUCAACAAACCCUCCGCACCUGCCUCAACGUUCGGGAUACGUCACAGCGAGUACGUCACCGUCAUCCAAUGCACUCUCGAAUGAUAAUCACUCCACCAUUUAUUUGUAUAUAAAAC